AUGGAUUCGGCUAGUAUUCAAUUAAUGGAAGAUAUUACAUUAGAAGGAAAAAAUAUGGAAAAACCCGUCACGAAUUUAUCAACGAAAAAUAAAAGUAAGGGUGAAAGUCCUUGUAUUUCAAACAAACUUAAAGUAGAACUGCAAACCUUAACAAUAUCAGAAGAAUCUGAGCAGCAACUUUAUAAUACAUUGAAACAUAUUUAUGGUUCUAAUUUUAAACUUUCUGAUGCAUCAGAAUAUGAAAAUAAAAGAUCAAAUUUAGGGAAACAAUAUUGGAUGGAAAGGGGUAAUUUAGUCAUUAAAGGAAUUGUUGAUUAUUCUUCUAAAGACAGUACACAUAAAACUGAGGAACAAAUCGCUAGACAAUUUGCAACAUCUAAACUUGAAAGUUAUGGUUUUCAUCAAUCACAUUGUAUUGAAGCAUUGGUGCAUACAAAAGGUGAUGUUGGAAAAGCUUUAGAAGUACUGUUUUAUAAAUAUUAUGGAUUAGAAAAUGUUUCAAGAAAGAAAAUACCUGAUAUUGAUACAGUGGAUUUAUUAGAAAAACGGCAUGAAGAAAAAGAAGCACUUGAGUCUAUUUAUGGAGAUAUGUAUACUGACAAGAUAAAAAAUCAAAUUUGGAAUGUACAAGUUAAAUUGGAUUAUUUAGUGAGAAAUGAUGAAGUAGAGCAAGAAAUUCGAAGGAUUAAACAGCAACAAGAAAAAGAAAAGGAGAAAGAAAUUUGCAGAUUAUUUAUUCAUAAGAAGUGUAGAUUUGGAAAUAAAUGUAAAUUUUUGCAUCAACAACCACAGGUAUUAAAAAUGCCAGAAAGGGAGGAUCCAUAUUUUACCCUAGAAAUAAGAUUUCCUGAAGGUUGUAAAUAUCCAUAUGAACCACCAUAUUUUUACUUUUAUAAAAAUGAUGGUACAUUUCCAAGAAUAAGUUGUUUAAGAAUAGGAAGAAAGUUACACAAUGAGGCAUUAUCAUUAUCUGAAGAUGGAAUUCCUUAUAUCUUUUCAAUAAUAUCUCUCUUGGAAAAUGAAUAUGAAAUGAAAGAAUAUUUAGUAGAAAAUAAAGAACAAUUUCUAGAUCAGAAUGAAUUACUAUUUCAAAAACAAUCAGAAAGUGAAAGUGAAACAACUAUAGCUACACAUUAUGAAUUAGGAUCUAUUCAUAGGAAAAAAAUGAAUAAUGUUCCUUGGGAAGAAGUAUUGAAAGAAGAUGAUUUAAUUGAAAGAAAUUUUAAGGAAAAACAAACAAAUCCCAGGUAUAAAAAAAUGAAAAAAAUUAGAAAAGUGUUACCUGCCUGGUCAAAAAUGAGCGAAAUUUUAGAAAUAAUAUGCAAAAAUCAAGUUACCAUAAUUUCAGGUGAAACAGGAUGUGGUAAAAGUACACAAGUGCCACAAUUUUUAUUAGAUGAUUGGAUCUUAAAUAGAUCUGAAUCUAAAAAUCAUAUUAACAUAGUAUGUACACAACCUCGAAGAAUAAGUGCAGUAGGAGUAGCAGAAAGGGUUGCAACAGAAAGAAAUGAACGUACAGGUAAUACAGUAGGAUACCAAAUACGAUUAGAAAGCAAAAUUUCCAGUAGAACUAGAUUAACAUUUUGUACAACUGGAAUACUGUUGCAAAGGUUUUCUAUGAAUCCAGAAUUGACAGAUGUUACACAUGUUAUUGUAGAUGAAGUCCAUGAAAGAAGUGCAGAAAGUGAUUUCCUACUGAUGCUUUUAAAAGAAUUACUAUCCAAGAGAUCAAAUUUAAAAAUAAUACUUAUGAGUGCAACACUCAAAAGUGAAAUCUUUUCUUCAUACUUCAAAGAAGCUCCUGUUUUAUGUAUUCCGGGAAAAACAUUUCCUGUAGAACAAAUAUUUUUGGAAGAUAUAUUUGAAAGAAUAAAUUAUGUACUUGAAGAAAAUUCGGAAUUUACACGUAAAAUUAAAGGCGAUUGGGAGCAAUUGCAAAUUGAUUUGGAAACUGCAGAGAUUGAAGGCCCUUCUAUUUCCGUACCUAGGGAAUCUAUUCAAGAUGAAAAUUUAUCAUUAAUGCAAAUUGUCAGUAGAUAUCAGGGUUACAAUAGACAGACACAUAAGAAUUUAUAUGUCAUGAACCAUAAUAAAAUUAAUUUUGAACUUAUAGAGACAACAUUAGAAUGGAUUAUAUUUGGUGAACAUAAUUACCCUAAAACAGGUUCGAUCUUAGUAGUAAAUUUUUAUUCUUUUUUCAAUUAUAAUAAUGACAAUAAAUAUCUCGCACCAAAGACUGGAAAGCUUAUUAUUAUACCAUUACAUUCAUCCUUACCCAAUGAAGAACAAAAUUUAGUUUUUAAAAAAACUGGGGUUAUUAGGAAAAUUGUACUAAGCACAAAUUUAGCUGAAACGUCUAUUACUAUAGAUGAUUGUGUCUUUGUAAUUGACAGCGGGAAAAUGAAAGAAACUAGAUUUAAUUCAAACCAAAACAUGGAAAGUUUAGAAACAUGCUGGGUAUCACGAGCAAAUGCAUUACAAAGAAAGGGUCGUGCUGGACGUGUAAUGCCUGGAGUAUGCAUUCAUUUAUAUACUUCAUAUAAAUUUAAAUAUCACUUUUCAGCACAACCAGUACCUGAAAUAUUACGAAUUCCUUUAGAGCCAUUAUUAUUACGUAUUCAACUUUUACAUACUGGUAAAAAAGUAGACAUACAUAAAAUUUUAGGCAAAAUGUUAGAACCGCCAAUAGAUGAAAACAUUUCUAGUGCAAUUAAACGUUUGCAAGAUGUUGGUGCGCUUAAUUCUGAGUGUACAUUAACACCACUGGGUCAUCAUCUUGCGGCACUACCUGUAAAUGUACGAAUCGGGAAACUAAUUUUAUUUGGAGCAAUCUUUUGUUGCCUUGAUUCUGUACUCACUAUCGCAGCUUGUUUAUCUCAUAAAAAUCCAUUUAUUGUACCUUUUGAAAAAAGACACAAAGUUGACGCAAAAAAAGAAUUCUUUACGGCUAAUUCCGAUCAAUUAACUGUACUUAAAGCAUAUAAGAAAUGGAUAGAAGCAUGUGCACGCAGCAGUACUGCAGGUCAAGCUUUUGCAAAUGAAAAUUAUUUGUCUGUGCGUACAUUGUAUACUUUAGCAGAUAUAAAGUACCAGUUCUUAGAAUUAUUAGUUUCAAUUGGCUUUGUCUCUAUCAAUUUGCCUCAACGGCAGCCAAAUAUUGAUAAGAUCUUGGAAAUUACUGGAUUUGAACUUAAUAUUAAUAAUGACAACUACAAACUUCUUCAAGGUUUACUUUGUGCAGCUCUUUACCCUAAUGUUGUAAAAAUUUUUACACCAGAAAAGUCUUUCCAAGUUCAGUCUGUUGGAGCAAUUCCUAUACAGCCUAAACCAGAAGAACUUAAAUUUCAAACUAAAAAUGACGGUUUUGUCAGUAUCCAUCCAUCCUCUGUUAACUUUAAUGUUGGUUAUUUUCCUAGUCCAUAUUUAGUGUUUCAGGAAAAAAUUAAAACGAGUAAAGUAUUUAUUAAAGAAGUAUCAAUGGUGCCAAUUUUACCAUUAAUUUUAUUUUCGAAUUAUGAAUUAAAAAUAGAACUACAUAAUGGAAUAUUUAUUGUAUCAGAAGAUGGUUGGAUUUUAUUUAGUGUUGAAUCACAUAGGGUGGCUCAACUUUUACAAAGAAUGAGAAUGGAAUUAGUUACAUUGUUGGAGCAAAAAAUGCAGGAACCUCUUCUAAAUCUUUUGCAUCAUCAAAGUGGCAGAAAAAUUAUUCAAACAAUAGUA